GUGUCUGUGUUAUUUUGACGCGAGCUCCGUGUCGAGGGUCCGCAGCUCCGAGAGCGCGAGCCGCUUCUCUCGCUUUACAUUACAGUAAAUAAACAGGCAGGUCCGGGCGCGGAGGCGGAUAGACAAGCAGGGGAGCCGGACGGACCCGCGCGGCCAUGCUCGCCGUGCUGCGCGAGGCCAGGUGGUAGCGCGGAGCGGAGACCGCAGCGCGCGCCGGUAUGGCCUAGAGCCGCGGCCCGCCUGCGCUCUAGACCGCGGGGGGCGGGAGGCGGAGGAGGAUGGCGGCGGGCGCGCGCCUCCUCGCGCGGCUUCUCGCGCUGCUGCCCGCGUUGGGCCUCGCCCUGGCCGCGGCGGACCGCGAGGAGUGGUACACGGCGUUCGUUAACGUGACGUACGUGGACCCGGCAACGGCGCGCGUGCGCACCGAGCGCAGCGAGUGCGGCCGUUACGGCGAGCAGUCCCCGAAGCGCGAGGCCCGCGGGCUGCUGGCCGUCGCCGUGUCGCCGCGCGAGCGCCACGCCUGCCGCCCGGGCACGCGCUUCGCCGUUCCGGAGCGCGCGGGGGCCUGGAUCGCGCUGGUGGCGAGCGGCAACUGCACGUUCGCGGAGAAGAUCAGGCACGCGGCGGGGCAGAACGCGAGCGCCGUGGUGGUGAUGAACGUGGGAGCGACCAACAUCAACGAGACCAUCACCAUGGCUCAUGCAGGUACGGGCGAUGUGGUGGCGAUAAUGAUCCCGGAGCCUAAAGGUCGUGAGUUGUUGAUGUUGUUGGAGAGGAAUAUCUCGGUGCACGUGCAGAUCACUAUCGGAACACGCAACCUGCAGAAGUACGUCAGCCGCACCUCCGUCGUCUUCGUCUCCAUCUCCUUCAUCAUCCUCAUGAUCAUCUCUCUGGCCUGGCUGGUCUUCUACUACAUCCAGAGAUUCAGAUACGCUAACGCCAGGGACCGCAACCAGAGACGACUUGGCGAUGCGGCUAAAAAAGCGAUCAGUCAGCUCCAAGUGCGGACCAUCAGGAAAGGAGACCAGGAGACUGAGUCUGAUUUUGAUAACUGCGCAGUGUGUAUUGAAGGCUAUAAGCCCAAUGAUGUUGUGAGAAUUCUGCCCUGCAGGCAUCUCUUUCAUAAAGGCUGUGUGGACCCUUGGCUGGUGGACCAUCGGACCUGCCCCAUGUGUAAAAUGAACAUCCUCAAAGCCCUCGGUCUCACGUCGAGUGCUGAGUGUCUGGACGAUCUUCCCCUGGACUAUGACCUGGCGGUCGGGGGCGUGGCCCUGAAUGCCAUGGUGAUGAGCGAUGACGUUAUGGGCGUUGACAUCGCUGGGGGGCGUGACCCUGGCAUUCGGAUGGUGGGUCUUCCUCAGGUCCUCCUGGACUCUGAGCCCAUGUCUGAGGAUACCAUGGCGACAGAGCAGAGUGAACUUCAGCCAAUGGCAAGCGGCAGUUCUGAGGCAUCCCUCGCUGUGGGGGCGGGGCAUUUAGACUUGGACACACCUGCAGAGGAUGUGAAAUGCUGAGCCUGCCACCGCCACUCCCACCGAACACGAAAAACCAUGGACCCACGGACUGAGUUGCCUGAGUUGCCUUUGGGUGGUGGGCUGAAGUAACCAUGGCAACAGGCCUGGGGGCAGGACAUUUAAAAGCGGAAAUCUGGCGGAGCUUCCGGACAACACUCUCGGCCAAUGACAUCACACUACGACGACAUCACUGCCUGCUGCACACUGAACUAACUCUCACUCUCUGUCUCUGUCUUUCUCUCUCUCUGUGUUAAUCUCGAUCUCUCUCUCUCUCUCUUUUAAAAAGCACUCGCCCCCGUUUUCGGCAGACAAUCUGCUCCGUUCUGCUUGACAAUCAGACCGUAAUUCCAUUCCUUUACGGAAUCUUCUUCCAUCACAUCCUUACCGAAACCCAGAGAAUCACAGAGAAGUUCCCAGAAUGCUAGUUUCCGAACAGAAUCCAAAAAACAACAAUAAAAAAAAAGCAGUGUUUAUUUUUCUAUAGGUGUGCACUUGAGAUGGAAACAAAAGUUCAGUAUUUGAAGACGCUCCAGAAGAUGUUGAGGAGGAGGAGGAGGAGGAGUUAGGAACACGUUGGAGGUGUUUACACACACUAAACUCUACAACCUGAGAGUAUUCUGCUGGCGUGAGAGGUGUUAAGGCGUUUUUCCCCAGGAAAGUGCUCUUUUACUCUUUGGACUCUUGCGGACCACGGCAUUUCAUACGACUUUAGAGCAUGAAGCUGCAGGCCUUACACACCUGUAUUUGUAUUUAAGUGGAUUCCAUUUAAGUUGUAUCUCUUGUUCUUCCACUGUUUUGGUUUAUUGUACAUUGUAAAUAGAAGUAUUUUGUCAACCUGA